AUGUUCUAAGUUGAUAAGCGUACCCUUACCAAUCACAGAGUAAAGAUGGAAAUGGGAGAAGAUGAUAGCUAUGAAAAAGGAAACUCAUUUGACUUGGACCAGAGGAAGAGUCCAAAUUUUCAGGACACAACUGAUUGGGGGCAUAUUGAUGAAAAGACUGAAUUCAUGGAAAUUGUUCAGCAUUACACUGAUGAGAAUGGAAUAAGAUCGUCUAUUGAAUAUGAAAAAGGGGAGUUUGCUUUAAAUCAGAAAAUCAAUCUCGAAGGGCAUAUAGAUGCUGUCCAUUUGAAUGAAAGAGAUGAUUAUGCAGCCAACCAUAAAGUUCAACUCAAAAUUCAUAUCGAUUCUGUCCAUUUGAAUAAAAAAGAACAUAAAUGUUACUUAUCCAAUCAGAAAAAUAACUUCAAAAAGCAUAAAGAUUAUGUCCAUUUGAACAUAAGAGAAUUACUUAUGUGA